AUGGCUACCGCUUCUUCAAGAGACGAGCAUGCGGCGGGCGGCCCCUACAAAGAGCAUACGGCAGCGCUGGUCACGACAUCCCCGGAUCACAUGGGUUUCGGCCAUGGGACGUUCGCAUUUCCCAGUCGGUCCUUCGGCGUCAACGGGGUCAGGGUUAUUCUUUGUCGUUUUCUACUCGAAUACGACUUCAAGCUUUCGGCUGGGACGCCGACGCAGCCGGUGCGGUGGGGGUUCGAGGUCCUGGCUAAUCCUACGGCGAGGAUGAUGGUCCGCCGGCGGGAGGAACAAUUAAAUGUUCUGUUUAUUCAUCGCACCUUUGGGACUGGCCGGAUCUUCAAAUCACGCGACGAGUCGUUUGCGGACGGUCUCAGGGCGGCCACGGCGGGACGGGGCGUAGAUGUGGUGCUGAACUUGCUGUCCGGUGAACUCCUGCACACCUCCUGGCGGUGCGUCGCGCCGGGCGGGACCUUCAUCGAGCUGGGCAAGCGGGACGCCGCGGCGCGUUGCAAGCUGGCCAUGGACCCUCUGGACGAUAACCGCGCCUUCAUCCGCAUCGACAUGGCGCGACUGGCCGUCCUCGACGGCGCAGAGAUCAGGCAGUUACUGGACCGCAUCGUCUAUCUGUACCGAGGUAUGGUGCUCACUCCCAAUACGCCCUCGCGCGCAUUCCCUGUUUCGCCAAGAGGACGCACAUCGGCAAGAUCGCUGUCGAGAAUCGGAGGCUUGGUCCACCUCGCCAUGGUCCUUGCCGACGUCGAAAUGCCGAGAAUAACGGUAAUCGAGUGGCAGGCGGCCGCGGCGCCUAGGAUCGCCGGGACAUGGAACCCGCAUCGAGCCCUGUGCAACGGAGGCGACGGCGGGGAAGACUUCUUCGUAUUGAUCGGGAGUAUGUUAGUCGUGACCGGGCGGGCUGGCCAGGCCAACUAUGCGGCGGCCAACGCGUUCCUCGACAGCUUCGUCCAGUUCUGA